GCUGUCUGGGACAGCUUUUUCCUUCAGUCCUUGUCCUUUUCUCCCCUAACAAAUUCAGGAAGAGAAGAGAGAACGAAACCCAAGAGAAUGGGUUUCAUGAUAUUCAAAUCCCUCUUCUUCUUCUCUCAACUGUUUUUGUUUUUACAUCAAAGAGCAAAAGCUGAUGAAGACUUUAAUGUCUUCAAUAAUGUCAGCAGCAGUGGCAGAAACCUAGCAGGAAACUGCAAUUGGUUCCAGGGAAACUGGGUCUAUGAUUCUUCUUAUCCUCUCUAUGACCCUUAUAAAUGUCCCUUCAUAGAUCAACAAUUCAACUGCCGAAAGAAUGGCCGACCUGAUAGCACCUACCUCAAGUACAGAUGGGAGCCCUUCUCAUGUUCCCUUCCCAGGUUCAAUGGGUUGUAUUUCUUGAAGAAAUUUAGAAGGAAGAAGAUAAUGUUCGUGGGAGACUCCAUAAGUCUGAACCAGUUUCAGUCCUUGAUAUGCAUGAUUCAUGCUUGGGUGCCCAAUUCUAGGAUUUCAUACAUAAGGAGAGAUGGCCUUACUUCAGUUACUUUCCAGGAUUAUGAAGUAAAGAUAUUACUAUACAGGACAACAUACUUGGUUGAUCUAGUGAGGGAGAAAGUAGGAACUGUCUUGAAGCUCGACUCAAUCAAGAAUGGCAAUAUGUGGAAAGGCAUGGACAUGCUGAUCUUUAACACAUGGCAUUGGUGGACUCACACCGGUGCAUCCCAACCAUUUGAUUACAUACGAGAAGGAAAUAAGCUGUACAAAGAUAUGAAUCGUUUGAUUGCAUAUUAUAAAGGGCUAACGACAUGGGCCAGGUGGGUCAACCUCAAUGUUGAUCCUUCCAAAACCAAGGUUUUCUUCCAGGGCAUUUCUCCCACCCAUUACGUGGGGAGGGAUUGGAAUGGGCCAACAAAAUCAUGUUCCGGACAGGCACAGCCUUUCCUUGGCACAAGGUAUCCAGCUGGCACGCCCAUGGCUUGGUAUGUUGUGAAAAAAGUACUUAAUAGGAUUAAGAAACCGGUGUAUCUGCUCGACAUUACCGCACUUUCGCAGUAUCGGAAGGAUGCUCAUCCCUCAGCGUACAGUGGCCAACACAGCGGAACUGAUUGCAGCCACUGGUGCCUUCCUGGCUUACCGGAUACCUGGAACCAGCUCUUGUACGCAGCUCUUUUUGGUUAAAGACAAGAUUGUCGUACUAAGCUGAAAUUUGUAAGAAACACAGUUCUCUGCUUCAGCAACUUUAUUCACAUUCAUGUGUUAUUAGUUCUUCUUGGGCAACUCAAGGGAAUAAGAGGGUUGAUGAUUCAACUGUAAAUUUAUAUUUACAUUUUCUCAUAGAAUCAGACCAAUGUCAUUACUAGGAUUGAAGGUUAUAUCUGUUACAAAAAUUGGAGAUGAAUCCUAAUGACACCCAAAUAAGCAAAAUAUAUACUAAUGACCUAU